AUGCUCCCCUUAUCCACUCUCCAGUCCCUUCAGACCCCUCCACGCCGCCCUACGCCGCAGAACACCCUCCGCGGACGCACCGACCCCCUCUCCUCGCCCGCACAGACACCCAGAGCCUCUCCUUCUUCCGCCAUCGCAAGGCGUUCGCCGCUCCCAGGACAGGGCGGAGUCGUCGACAUCUUUGCCAAGCUUUUGCUCAGUGCGCCGGCGAGGGCGACCGGAGGCGUUGGCGAGGAGAAGGAGGGCGGGAGGAGCAGCCUGGAUGCCAAGGUGAACUCGGGAGGAGACGGUUCGGCAGGCUUGACGAGCGGACUGAUGCUCGAGAACGUCUUCCCGGACUUGCCCUUUGCUCGUCCGCAAGGUCGUCGCGGCACGGCCUCGCAGCUCUUCCCUUCGACUCCGCUCGCCCUCUCACAGUCUCCUCGUGCAAAGUCGACCCAGCUCACUUCACCUCGCACUGCCUUUGCCCCCACCUCGUCCACCUUCCAACCUCCCGCCAAACUCUCGCCCCUCGACCAGACGCCGAGCCAGUCCAUCUCGUUCAACUCGUUGGCCUUCAAAUUCGACUCGCCUCUCUCCUCUUUCUCCACGCCAAACACAAGUUUCGCCUUUUCGCCUCUCGCUCUCCGUCCCUCGCAAGCCAAGAGCGGUCUCACCAACAUCACACCCGCCACCCUUGACUCGGACGAAGAGAGCCUCGGCGACCCGCCUUCGCCGACAGGUCACGUCUCGCACUCUUCGCCGUUCUACUCGCACCCGAACGAGCCCAUCGAGGCCCUCAAGUGGUCGUUCCCGCCUCUCCAUACCGACUCGGAACUCUCGACGCCGCCUGGCCCGCUCUCGCCCGGCGAACAAGCCGACGUUCGUGACUCGUGGGAGGACGAGGACGACUUUAGCGUCGAAGUCGAGUUGCGCCUCGGGGCGAGGAGGGAGAGCUCGGCGUUCGUUGACGAGGGCGUGCCGGCUGACGAGGAAGAUGCGGUCGAGGAGGACUUCGCGUGCGGCGGGUGCGGUGCGCACAAGACCGACGCUUUCGUCCGCCUGACCCCCUGUGGCCACCCCGCCUGCCCGACUUGCAUGAACGCCCUCGUCAACGCCGCGGCCCACAAGCCUCCCCGUCCUUCCAACUGCUUCGCCUGCGCUACAUACGUCGAGUCGUUCGAACCGGCUGUCGAGGCUGUCAAGAUCGAGAAUGGCGGAGGAGGGCUUGUUCAGGCGCUGUUCAAGCAGCUUGCGGAGGAGAAGCGCGAACGCGAGCGGGAGGCGCUCAAAGAUGGAUUUGCCGUCCAUUACGAUGGAGAUUAUCGCUCGAAGCGUCGCGGCCCACUUAUGCGCAGGCGGUCGUCGAUCGUCGCCACUUCUUCGAAUGGCGAAGCCCGCUUCGUCGACGAAUCGGACGGCGAGUACACGACUUCUCCGGUCGGCUACACGGGUGCUUCUCUUGCGCUCGAGACGUCCGACGAGGAGGACGAGACGGUGCACUCGCCGAGGAACCGCCGCUCCGCUUCCAAUGUCGUCUCGCCCGGGUCAAUGUCGACGAGGUCGGACGACGUCGGCGUCUUUGGGCCGCGCAAAUCGUCGACGAGCGUCCGUUCCGAGCGCGAAUCCGUCCAGACCGACUCGCCCGCCAGCAUCACGCGCGGCGACUCCGACCUUCCCUCCUCUUCAACCCGCUACAACACCGAUUGGCCCGUCGUCAGGCUCGACAACGUCCCUUGGAGCGUUACGGUCAAGGAGAUCGAGGAUUGGUUGCCCAAGGGGAAGGUGCUUGCGAACGACGUCGAGGGCGAGAAGAAGGCGACUUUGGCGGUUCAUCUGCUUUGCAACCGCACGGAUGGCCGCACCCUCAAUCAGGCCUACCUUGAGUGCGCCUCGCUCGCGGCCGCCCAGAAGAUUGUCCGCGCCCGCGACGGCACCUACCUCGGCAGUCGCCCCGUCCACGUCUCGCUCUCGAGUCAGACUGAGCUCUUGCAAACGAUCUUCCCCAACUACACGCCCGGCUUCGACGGCCUCAAGCCUGUCCCUGUGCGGGGCGCGAAGAGCGUUCCUGUCCCGCUGCUGCUGCAGACCGAGUUGACGGGCUUGCUCGAGCUCUGCAAGCUUCAGGCGAAAAUCGGGUACACGCAGUCUGCCCACUCCAGCAAGGUGCCGGAACGUCCGUUCUUCAACAUCGUCACCCUGCUCGAGAAGAUGCCGUGGGAGCACAAGUACAGCUACAACGCCGCCGCCAUCGUCCGCCUUUUCAACAGCGCUUGCGCUGCCAUCGAGAUUCUCGCCCUCGUCAAGUCGCGCGUGCCGCGCUGGUCCUACGUCCUUCGCGUUCUCUUCGACGCCAUCGCUCGCUGCCAGGUUUUCCGCCCGACGCAAGUCGAGAAAGCCGCCGAACUCGCCCGCACUGCCGGUCUCGAUCUAGAAAAGUCCGAGGUCACCCCGUCAACGAUCACCUUCUUCGGCCACAAGAAGCAGCUCCGCACCAAGGUCGCCGUUACGCCACUUCGCUCUCCCUUCGGCGUCGCCGGCGUCUUUGACUCGUUCCAGGCGACGUCGACUCCCGCGACCGACAUCGCCAACUUCACCCCGUCGUCACUCGCACAGUCUUGCGUGACCACCGCUGCCAAGUCCUCCCUACGCCUCUCGCCACCGUCAUUGAUCCCCAAGCUUCCUCGAGAGGACCCGGAAUCGGCGACGACGUCGAUUCCGGCCGAACAGCUCAACGCGCGCGUCCAGCCUUCGGAACUCGCCUCGCCAACUCGCCUUCGCCGCCGCUCGAGUCUCGCUGAAGAGCUUCAGCUCGACAAGAACGUCGUCGAUAACGUCGCCAAAGCUCUCGGUAUCGACCUCGUCGAGUGA